UAAAGUAAACCCUAGCACCCGCUCUUACUUUCUUUCCUCCUCCGUAUCAUUCUUGGGUUUCUUGAACCAAAAAAGAAAAGUCAGUCUUGGGUUUACCUGUUUUCCAUUCAAAAAGCCGAAAAAUCAAGGAUUUGGGUUUAUUUUCUUCUAAAUUUUAAUUUAAUGCUCAGCGGCAAUUUAAAUGAGUGGUUUGAUGGUUACCCAAAUUUAGAUGGGAUUAAGUUAGAAGAGAGUGAAUUUGAAGAUAUUGAGAGCAUUAUGGAGAUUGGUAAAGAAGCUAACUUUGAGAAAACCCAUGUUAGCGGCCUUGGCGUUAAUGGGUCUGAGCCAGAUUUUGAUGGGUUCAAGCCAAUUGUUGAUGGGUAUGCGCCUGUUGCUGGUGAGUCAGGCCGUACAGUGAAGGUAGAAGAAGACGAGUCAAAACCAGAAGUGGAGUUGGGUUUCUCUAUUGAGGAGUCAAAGCCAGAAGAUUUUUAUGUGUUCAAGCCAACUGUUUGUGGGUCUGAGCCGGUGCGAGGUGAAUCAGGCUGUACAGUGGAGGUGGAAGAAGAGGAGUUUAAACCAGAAGGGAAUCCGACUUUACCUAUUGAGGAAGUGAUUGAGAAGGUCAGUUUGGAUGAUGGAUUAGAGAGUGGGAGUAGUAGUUCAGAGUCCAACAGCGAAAGCUCUUCGUCGUCAUCUUCGAGUAGUAGCAGUGAUGACGACGACGACGACGAAGAGGAUGAAGAAGAAAAGGUGAAGAUGGAGGCUAAAAUGGUGGAUGGUGUAGAUGAACUUGAAGAAGGUGAGAUUCUAGAUAGUGAUGAAGAGGUGGCCGUUGAUGGAACCGAUGAUGAUGAAGAGGAGGAGGAGGAGGAAACAGACGAAAUCCUUAGUGCGUUAGAUAUUGAACUUGAGGAAGUUGAUCAUGAUGAUGAGGAUGCUGGUGCUUCAAAAGGUCCCAUCAGAUCUAAGAAUGAAGCUGAGGUUCUCCCCCCAGUUCCACCACUGGAUGUUGAACUACAACCCCAUCACCAAAUGCUGUCUGUUGGAGUUAUUUUGUCGAUGGUUGGUACCAAAGUUAUUGUUGAAGGAAGAGAUCGGCACAACCCUCUGAACGAAGGUUCGGUUCUUUGGAUAACCAUGAACAGAUCUCCACUUGGAUUUGUGGAUGAAAUCUUUGGACCUGUAAAAAACCCAUACUAUAUAGUACGGUAUAAUUCCGAGAGUGAUGUCCCUGCUGGAAUCCAUGAAGGCAUUUCUAUCUCUUUUGUUACCGAAUUUGCUAAUCAUGUUCUCAAUGACAAGAAUCUUCACAAGAAAGGAUAUGAUGCAUCUGGUGAGAAUGAUGAGGAGUUGUCGGAUGAUCCUGAAUUUUCGGAUGAUGAAAAAGAGGCAGAGUACAAGAGGAUGCAAAAAAUGACAAAGAGAAGUAUGAAUGACCAGAGAGUGGGAAACCAGAAAAGCAAUAAGAAGAAAGUUAGAAGUAAGAAUGGAGCUUGGAAAACCAAUAGGAACUCAGCCCAGCAAACUUCAACAACAGCAAUGGGUCAACUUCCACCUAAUCGGGGUCAACAUAAUAUCUCCAGAGUCUCGGGAUCUUUGGUCAAUCAUAAUUCUUCAUCGUCUGUCGUGGGACAACAGAAUUUUGUUGGCGGAUCCGGCUUUAUCCCACCGUUUUCUGUCAUGCCAUCGUCUUCUGGUAUUGUUGCACCUUCAAAUGGAGUUUGGAAUAAUGGAAUGCCAGGCCAGCAUCCACAGAAUACAAAUUUUCCGAACAUGUUUUCUGCAGAAGGGAUGUCAAUGCUCUCACAGAAUCAUCCACAGCGGCCUAUUCCUUUGCCAAACCCUGCAAUAUCUAUGCCAAACAUGAUGCUAUAUCAGCAGCAGCAAUUUGACCCGAGUUUGAGUACACUACCUAAUAUGGUCGUCUUACCUAGUGGCCAGUCAAGCUUAUUUGCUAGAUCGGUCUCUGCACCUUGGCUCGAGAUUGCCGGUCAAAAUGGCUUUAACCAAAGCCCAUUUGGAACGGGUAUGCAGGCCCAACAACUCCUUAGUGCAUUACAAGGUAUUAUAACAAAUGGACCUACAGUAGAUGGGAACUGUAAUUUGCAACCCAAUGGUGUUCAAGGCAACUUUGAAUCAUCCCAGAACUUCAACAUGGGUGCACCAUCUAGUCGUGGAAGAAAACCUUAUCAUCGAGGCCGAGGCCGUGGCCGUGGCGGAAGAGGUCAUCGGCGAUCUUAAGAGAAAUGGGCCUUCUAGAGUUCCUUGAUAUAGGUAAAACUAUAUGUUUGGUGUGUAACUUUUUGUUGGAUGUUGCAAUAUAAGAUAUUUAAGGUGAUUAGCAUUGAAUA